AUGGAUUCUUGGGGAGAUUCGGGUCCCAGGGCGGAUACUCCGAUGCGGUAUGACGAAGAUGCAGGCGAUUCUUUUGAAGAAACCGACUCCUAUGAAGAAACCGACUCCUAUGAAGAGACCGUAUCCCGUGAAGAAACCAAGUACUAUGAAGAGACCGUCUGCUUUGAAGAGACCGCCUCUUGUGAAGAAACCGACUCCUGCGAAGAAACCGACUCCUGCGAAGAAACCGACUCCUGCGAAGAAACCGACUCCUAUGAAGAAACCGACUCCUGCGAAGAAACCGACUCCUAUGAGGAGACCGUAUCCUGUGAAGAAACCAAGUCCUAUGAAGAGACCGUCUGCUUUGAAGAGAACGUCUCUUGCGAAGAAACCGACUCCUGCGAAGAAACCGACUUCUAUGUAGAAACCGAUACACCCGAAGAGAAGAAAUAUGCUGAAGGAGAAGCAUUAUCUGCUACCAAGGUCGAGUCUUCUACCACUGCCAUUGAUGGUAUGGACAUUAGCGAAGGCUGGUGCAUUUGGCAUACCGCAACGCAGCAAUGGAUUGACUCCAUUCGCAAGACCAUAGGUCUCUCCCAAUCAAAGGCCACCGGCAAGAGAAAACGUCCCAAUAUUCCACGAGGUUUGAAUCUAUCCAAGGGGGAGUUGGGAGAAAACAGCAAAGCUAAUCUCAACCUUGAUGCAGACCCACUCCAAGCCAUGUCCCCAGCGAUGGGAACGGACCAGCCAAUUGAGUCAGCGUUUAUCGAUAUCGAGGAUCGCACUGCGUAUAACAAUGAGUCAAAUCCUGUUUACGUGAAGAAUAUGAAAAUCAUGGCCGGUCUUCCCGACAAGGAUGAUGAUCUUCAUUUUGAGGAUAGUGACCUGAGUGAUGCAUCAGUACGCCUGAAAGAAGAGAUUCUCCAUCCCACCUGGGCCGAUGUUGUGCCCCAAAUUCAGGUCGAAAUAAUCGAAAACAUGAUCGAAAAUGGGUACACCUGGGAGUAUGCUUGUGCAAAACUCGGAAUGCGGGAAGAAGACCGAAUCAGCCUGGCGGAGUUAUUAGGAUUUCAUAACAAGCAACUACGACAAGCCGAUGGAGCAAUUGUCAGGAUGCGAGAGAGGCAGACGGUUGACCUGGCGAGACUUGAUCACUCUGCAAGACCACCGGAGGAUGAAUGGGACCCGCUGGUCUUCUCCAGGGUGUCCGAAUGUCCCGUUAUAACGAUGGUCGCCCCUCGUCUGGAUUUGAUGAUUUGCAGGGGGGAUGAUAUUAUGGUCGGUAGAAAAUUCCUGGCCCUCCAUUCCCUUCCACGGAGCCUAGCAGGUAACUGGGAUCGAAACGUCGUCAUGGUGCCGCGAGAACCAGGAGACGAUGUCAGCUUGGAGCCUGAACAAUUCCAAUGGAAAGAGGAUCUGAGCGUCGACUAUGAGAGGUUGAGAAAUCAGCACCGAAUGAAUGGAAGAGUCAAGACCAAUCUAGGAUUGGUUGAAUGUAUUGAAGUUGAGGGCACUGUGAACCCCCGCAAUCUCGUACGCCAGAUCAAUGAUAACCGACAUAUCUUGGACUGGGUCGAAUUUCUUCAAGACUCGUCAUUUGAGGACCGACAGGUCAACUGGAGUGAAUAUCUUCGAAACUCGUUAUUUGGUGUCCCAGAAGAUCAGGAGAUCCGCCAAGUGGUGCCAUCAGCCCAUUCGAAAAGGUCAGAGGGUAAGGAUAAGACUCCGUUGAAGCGUUUUUUGAGUGGCUCCUGGUCCUACAGUUCGAUUCCCAGCAGCCAGCCACCUUCAGUUCCUCCUAGAUCACAGCCUGGCAAGCCUCUCAGUGGAGCCUUUAAAGGCACGAGGAAUCAAUUUCUCAGACCGGUUGAGCCACCGUUCGAUGAAACCUACCUCAAUUGUUCUGGUAUCGGAUCCCCUAGUGAUAGCUUCUUUCUUGAGGCCUUAGGUGGUAGCCCUGAGAGUCAUUCUGACGAGUUGAUGAAAGGAAUUGUCAUACAGAGCAUUGAAGACUGA